AUGGCUGUUUGUGGACUAAGGACGUUAUUGUUGAUCGUCUGUAUUUUGGAAUUGAUUAUCACAGUGCAGCGGCAAGUUUUUGAUUUCCUGGGUUAUAUGUGGCUGCCAAUUAUAGCAAACUUUACAAAUAUCCUGUUGAUUAUAUUUGGAUCAUUUGGGGCGGUUCAGUACAUAACGAAAUAUCUUUUAGCAUAUGCCAUCUGGAGUUUUAUGUGGCUGGUGUGGAACAUAUUCUUAAUUUGUUAUUACCUGAAUCUGGGCACUUUGAACAGGGACAGUGGUUUAUUAUCACUGGGUACAGGCAGUGUUAGUUGGUGGGAAAGCAAUGGUUGGGGCUGUCAACCAGUUUGGGACGAAGUGGAUGGACCGGGCACAUGGAGGCCCACAAGAGUAGAGGGCUGCUUUAUGCAGUGGGAUCAUGUAGAACUGGGACAGUCAGCUGUUGCUGCUACCCUGGCGGCCACUGCAUUACCCUUAGCUGUAGUACUGUCAUUCAGAUCUUUUAAGAAACAAAAACCAGCAGCAGAUAAAGGGACCAUAUCCCGUCGUCCAGUGUACACAAUAGAACUGAGCCCAACUGAAACAAACAUCAGUGAAACUUCAAUGAAACCAAUGACUCCGCGACGAGUCAAGCGUCGAUCAGGUUCUCGUGGAAACAACUCGUCAGUCCGUAGAUCACGUCGUUCAUACAGAAACGCUGGGUAUUUAUCAUCAAAUGCUUCAUUACCUCGUGAAUCGAGAGCGUCGCGUCCCACAUCAGCACACUCCUCAUAUUCCAAUUUCCAUGCGGCUCGCCCCGUUUCAUAUCAUGCUCCAGAAAGGGAAAACUUUCCUUGUGUGGACGAUGCUUACAAUGAUCCACCGCCUCCCGUCGAAUCUGUUCCUAUAGUUACUAAUAAUAGAUAUAAUACCAUUGGACGUAGCAGUAUGAAGUCAGGUUACGAUGUAGUUGGCCCAUACAACGAGCCAAAUCCACAGAGGAAAUAUGAAUCAAACAUUCCGUCUUACGAUAAUAUUGAACGAAGUUACGAUGCCGCUCCGACUUACGACAAUAGAGCAGACAAUAUAACGCCUUGCGAGUCUCCGUCAUAUGUGUAUGGUGGAGCAUACGGCGAUGGUGCGUGGCAGACGCCGCCACCUCCAGCGCCGCCUUACAGUGCCCGAGCCACGCCACAGGCCCCCGGUCCGCCCGCGUACCAGGCGGCUAAUGAUCAUUAUAAUAUGAAUGUAGGACCAUAA